AUCUCCUUUACUGGAAAGAAGGCGACAAAAACAUUGGUCAUAAGCACCACAUUGAUGGGAAAGUCGUGAUUCCACCGCUUGCCUUCAUCUCUUUCAUAAAAUUUUUGCCAGAAGAUCGUGAAUUCAUUAAUCCUUGGGAAUGGGAUUUCUUUCUCUUGUCAAUUCGAUUACCAUAUCCGGAUAAGUGA